AUCGCCAACGGCGACUUCAACGGCCGCGCCAUCCUGGCCUGGAUGCUGACCGCAGCGGUGCAGUCGGCCAUCCUGCUGGUGGUGGCGCUCAUGGGGACCAGCGGUACGACAGCGGCGGGGGCGCAUGGCAUGCCGUACGGCAUGGCUGAGAUCGGCGUGGUGUUGUUCACCGCAGUCAUCCUCACAGUGCACCUGCAGCUGGCGCUGGUGGUGGAGGCGUGGACGUGGGUUCACUUCGCGGCGGUGUGGGGCAGCGUAGCCAGCUGGUACAUAUACCUGCUGGGCUUCGGCUGCUUCCCAGUCAGCUGGUCCCUGGAGCUGUGGAACCUCUUCAGCGGCGUGGUGGCGCCCUCGCCGCAGUUCUGGCUGUUCAGCCUGCUAGCCACCGCGGCGGCGGUGUUGCCUGUGGCGGGAGCAAUGUCUCUGAAGCGGUUGCUGUGGCCCUCGGAUGAAGACUUACUGCGGGAGAUAGGAAGCGUGCGGCAGCAGCAGCAGCAACAGCAGCAAAAGCAGCAGCAACAACAACAGGAGAGACCAAAGAAGCUCUUCAUUCCACUGCGGAAACACCCACGAGAAGCAGCCAACCCAGCUGUUGACGCCGCUGGCACCAUCAAACCAACCCAGCACGACACCUCGCUCCUGCAACAACCCGCCCCAGCUGCUGCUGCUGCUGCAGCCAAGCUGCCGCCCAUCUCCAAGCAUCCCCAAGGUGCCAAAAGAACAUCAUCACCAACCAUCCAACUCCAACAGCUACCGCAGCCCAACUACCCGCAACUCCGACACCAAGCCAGCUCUCACCGCCCCUCCAGCGCCGGCUCUUCCAACCGUGUCGCACCGGAACCCUCCUCGGCGCCCACCACCUCCUCCUCCACACCCGCCACCUCGCCCUCCUCAAUCGCCAUGUCGGGCCUACCGGCGCCCUAUACCUCCUCCGCCACGCAUGUUUCCUCCAACCAGAACCCUUCUAACCAUCUGAGAACUGCCACAAGCGAUGCCAUCAGCCUCAGCGCUGUGGCCUACACGCAGUCCCCAGCCACCACCGUGAGCUCCCUAGCCGCCGACAGUCUGCUAGCCACGAGCUCCUUCACGCCCUCAGCAGCCGCCGUGGCGGAGGCGGAGGCGCUGGGUCCUGCAGGGAAUUCCACGGGAG